AUGUCAACCAUUUAUUUUGCAGAUAUCCGGGACAGUGGGGGUCCCAAGCCAGUGAUGGUGUAUAUCCAUGGUGGCUCUUACAUGGAAGGCACUGGAAAUCUAUAUGAUGGGAGUGUCUUGGCAAGCUAUGGCAAUGUGAUAGUCAUCACAGUCAACUAUCGGCUUGGGGUACUUGGCUUCUUGAGCACAGGGGAUCAGGCUGCCAAAGGAAACUACGGGCUCCUUGACCUCAUCCAGGCUCUAAGAUGGACUAGCGAGAACAUUGGGUUCUUUGGUGGUGACCCCUUGCGAAUCACUGUGUUUGGAUCAGGCGCUGGGGGUUCAUGUGUCAAUCUGCUGACUUUAUCCCAUUAUUCUGAAGGUAACCGUUGGAGCAAUUCAACCAAAGGACUUUUUCAACGAGCAAUAGCUCAGAGUGGAACAGCCCUUUCCAGCUGGGCUGUUAGUUUCCAGCCUGCAAAAUAUGCUAGAAUGCUGGCCACAAAGGUUGGUUGCAAUGUGUCAGACACAGUAGAGUUAGUGGAAUGUCUGCAGAAGAAGCCUUACAAAGAACUUGUUGAUCAAGAUGUUCAACCAGCCCGAUACCACAUAGCCUUUGGACCUGUGAUUGAUGGUGAUGUAAUACCGGAUGAUCCUCAGAUACUGAUGGAACAAGGAGAGUUCCUCAACUAUGAUAUAAUGUUAGGAGUUAACCAAGGAGAAGGGUUGAAGUUUGUUGAAAAUAUAGUAGAUAGUGAUGAUGGUAUAUCAGCCAGUGAUUUUGACUUUGCUGUUUCUAAUUUUGUUGAUAAUUUAUAUGGAUAUCCUGAAGGCAAAGAUGUUUUGAGAGAAACCAUUAAAUUCAUGUAUACUGACUGGGCUGAUCGCCAUAACCCUGAAACUAGAAGGAAGACGUUAUUGGCUUUGUUUACGGACCAUCAAUGGGUAGCACCUGCUGUGGCUACAGCAGACCUUCACUCAAACUUUGGUUCACCUACAUACUUCUAUGCCUUUUAUCAUCAUUGCCAAACAGAUCAAGUUCCAGCUUGGGCUGAUGCAGCUCAUGGAGAUGAGGUUCCCUAUGUGUUGGGAAUCCCCAUGAUUGGCCCUACAGAGUUGUUUCCUUGCAAUUUCUCCAAGAAUGAUGUGAUGUUGAGUGCAGUGGUAAUGACAUAUUGGACGAAUUUUGCUAAAACAGGUGACCCAAAUCAACCAGUUCCUCAAGACACAAAAUUCAUUCAUACCAAACCCAACCGCUUUGAAGAAGUAGCAUGGACCAGAUAUUCCCAGAAAGACCAACUUUAUCUCCAUAUUGGAUUAAAACCAAGAGUCAAAGAGCAUUACAGAGCCAAUAAGGUAAAUCUCUGGUUGGAGCUGGUACCUCAUCUGCAUAAUCUCAAUGACAUUUCUCAGUAUACCUCGACAACAACUAAAGUGCCAUCGACAGACAUCACUCUCAGACCUACAAGGAAAAAUUCCACGCCUGUGACAUCAGCCUUUCCUACUGCCAAACAGGAUGAUCCCAAACAACAACCCAGUCCCUUCUCAGUGGAUCAGAGGGACUACUCCACAGAGCUGAGCGUCACCAUUGCAGUGGGGGCAUCUUUGCUGUUUCUGAACAUCUUGGCCUUCGCAGCCCUGUACUACAAGAAGGAUAAGAGGAGACAUGAUGUCCACCGGAGGUGCAGCCCUCAGCGCACAACCACCAAUGACCUGACCCAUGCUCCAGAAGAAGAAAUCAUGUCCCUCCAAAUGAAGCACACUGACUUGGAUCAUGAGUGUGAGUCCAUCCAUCCACACGAGGUGGUUCUUCGGACCGCCUGCCCCCCAGAUUAUACCCUAGCGAUGAGGAGGUCACCUGAUGAUGUUCCUUUAAUGACACCUAACACCAUCACAAUGAUUCCCAACACUAUACCAGGGAUUCAGCCCUUACACACAUUCAACACAUUUACUGGAGGACAGAACAAUACACUGCCCCAUCCCCACCCCCAUCCCCAUUCACAUUCAACAACCAGGGUAUAGCCAGAUGAGAGAGACAAACUGAUUUUUUUUCUGAUGGAGUACAGUAAAAGAUUAUUGAAGAUUCCUUGGCUUUCAACUUGGAAGACUCUCACUAUUUAACUAAGGAGGAAUAUUAUGUGAAUAUACAUAUCAAGAACUUUGGGGGUUUUGAAAAAUGAAUUGUAUAUAGAUAUACACACAAAUCAACUUUAAAAAACAAAUUUCAAUUGCUUGAAGCAAUUGUUCUGAAUGAUACUUUUUCAUUCACAUUCAAGAAUUAAUUUGUUGAAGAUUUAAGUUGCAUACUGGAGUUAGGCAUGUGGAACACCAAACAGGAAAGUACUGUGUCUGAAAUACUUAAAAAAAAAACAAAAAUAAAAACAAAAAUAAAAUCAACUAUGAAUAUGCACAAGGGACACACCAAUGGAAUGUCAGAUAAUUUCCGUCAGUUUUCAUUUGGAACCCUUUAAUUGUGUAGACCAUAUUUGCAUAAGUACACAGAGCACUGAUGCUGUUAAUGACAUAGCAAAGGCUCAUGCCGACAAUUGCCAGUAAAACAAAGAAGUUUAAAGACUGGCAGGUACAACGUUAUCACAUAAGUGCUGUCAGUACUAAGUCGUGGGGAUCAAGGAGACUGGAUAUUUUUAGCACGAUGUGCAUGAUAAUUUAUAUGCUUGGUGGCUGUGCUGCUGAUUAAGCCGUAAUUAAAAUUCUUCUCAUCCCAUUGGAGUUUUUAAUAGGAGCUUCCUCCAUCAAUUGGCAGAACCCAAAGAAGAUUUUAUAAGGGGCAAAAGUAAUUACAAUACAAUAAUUCGCAGUAGUUUCAAUAAUAGAGGGAAUAGUUAUUAAAGUCUAUGGAGAAACUAUAGGUACAGUGGUGAAUAUUCACUGAUAUGAAUCCCAGAAAAUUUCCUAUGAGUUUAAUGUUCUUCUCACUCCCAUAUAAGUAAUUUAUAGAAAUACACUCUAAUUGGACACGUGUUAGCUGUGGAUCUAUAAUUUGCUGCAGGUUUCUUACUCUGAAGUUUGUCCCUUUGGUAAGGUGAAGUGCCACAGUUUUUCAGGGUGUAAGGAUGCCCCAAUAGUACUGCUCUGAUUACAGUCCUCAGUUAAUUGAGUUACUCAUGUUGCAUGACAAAAUGUUUACUACUACUAAUUCAAUAUAAAGUUCAGUCCCUCUUCACUCUGCUUCUCUUUCUCACUGAGGUUCACUUGACUUUCCUCAUGAGAUCUCAGUAGAGGACAACGUAGGUACAGAACCUAGGGGGGUCAACAGCUAGAGGGUUUGUCUUUCACACAUGUGCAAUUUCAAUGAAUUAUCUAAGACCACAGGAAACUCUGAAUCCCCUGUUGUUUACCAGUAAUCUCAGUAUACCACAGACCUUUCCAAAUGUUUGUAUAUGUAAUCAGAUGUACAUUUAUAUUAAAAAUUGAGAUGGACUUAAAGAGCACAUCCUGAUAAAUGAUUUCUCUCUUAUCUGUACUAUAUUUCUAUUAGACUAAAGUUAUGUGAUUUUUUUUUACCUUUUUUCAGAUGACUAGCAAUUUUGAUAGUUUGUAAGAUAACGCAAAGGACUUUCUCUGACUAACUGAAGUAACAGAAACCUUUCUUUCCAGCUACUCUUUUUCAAGAAUUGAAAGCUUAUUAUACAAAAGAAAACACUUGUAUACUACUUGAUGGGAAGGACUUUGUGUAUCUAUCUCGACCACAUCAGUGGUCCUAUGGUGAAAUAAAGAUAAUCUGGAUAAUGAUGAUUAGUCAAAUGCUAAGAGACAUGGUCUUUGCUCAUUAAAGAGCUAAAAUGUU